UUAGGUUAUGACGCAGCAAUCUGACUUCUGAAUGAAAACAAUGCAGUUUUAGAGGGGUACUCAAUAUUCGAAAACGCCUUAUGAACAAAUACGUUUCACGUGCAGUGCAUUCUUGGUAUGAAACUCCAUUAAUCCAUCUUCAGAUUGCAUGCGUUACAGGAUUAAUUUAAACUACAUACCCAAUUUUUUCUUAACAUUGAAACUACGCUCAUUAGUCAAAUAUACAAGAAAAAGUGCCUGUAACUAGCAAAAUAUGGCAGUAGCAAGUCUUGCUCGAGUGUAUGCGGAUGUAAACUCUCACAAACCCAGAGAGUAUUGGGACUAUGAGAAUUAUAUCGUCGACUGGGGAUUACAGGAUAACUACCAAUUAAUCCGAAAGCUGGGACGGGGAAAAUAUAGCGAGGUAUUUGAGGAAAUUAACGUGACAAAUAAUGAGAAGGGUGUAGUUAAAAUAUUAAAGCCUGUUAAAAAGAAAAAAAUUAAACGUGAAAUUAAGAUUUUGGAAAAUUUACGUGGUGGAACCAAUAUUAUAACUUUACAGGCUGUAGUUAAAGAUCCCGUUUCCCGAACACCAGCUCUAGUUUUUGAACAUGUGAACAAUACAGAUUUUAAAGAGCUGUAUCAAAGACUUACUGAUUUUGAUAUUCGCUACUAUUUAUAUGAACUACUUAAAGCCUUGGAUUACUGCCACAGUAUGGGAAUAAUGCAUAGAGACGUGAAACCGCAUAACGUUAUGAUUGAUCACGAAAAUCGAAAAUUGCGAUUGAUAGAUUGGGGUUUAGCAGAGUUUUAUCAUCCUGGACAGGAAUAUAAUGUACGGGUCGCCUCGAGAUAUUUUAAAGCGCCCGAACUUCUAGUUGAUUAUCAAAUGUAUGACUAUUCCUUGGACAUGUGGUCGUUAGGUUGCAUGUUAGCUUCUAUGAUUUUUCGAAAAGAACCAUUUUUUCAUGGCCACGAUAAUUAUGAUCAACUAGUUCGUAUUGCCAAAGUACUUGGGACAGAUGAAUUAUUUGAGUACCUUGAAAAAUAUCACAUACAGCUAGAUUCUAGAUUUAACGAUAUUCUCGGACGACAUUCACGUAAACGAUGGGAAAGAUUUGUACAUAGCGAGAAUCAGCAAUUAGUUUCCGGAGAGGCAUUGGACUUUUUAGAUAAACUAUUACGUUAUGAUCACAUGGAAAGACUCACUGCUCGCGAUGCUAUGGCGCAUCCUUACUUCUAUCCUGUAGUAAAAGAUCAAAGUCGAUUGCACACCAUUGUGUCGCCCCCUCUUACUCCGAUGAUGGGAAGUAUUCCUAUUGGGGUAGUGGAAUAGAAAAUUAAUAAACUUGACACACUGCCAUUGAUUUGCCUCUGUAGCUGCAUUGUUCCAUUAAGACUUGCCACAUUUUACUAAAUAUUCCGUUCCUGAAAGAACCGUGAUAGUUCCCAUUUCUUGUUAUUUAUUCUAUGUGAUUUGUAUUUUAAUUAAAACAAAAUAAAAAUAAUGAUGUUAAUGCAUUUUGAAGAAAA